CUGAAUCAAUGGCGACAGCACGCCAACCAGCUGGCGAAAUUGCGCCGCUCACCUGUAGACGGUGUGGUGAAACUUCAGCUUCCAAUUCUUGUCGCAUUAGUUCGACAUCCAGCUCAUGGAUGUCGCGUGUUGAUAUGGAAUGGUGUCAUAUUAUCCAUGAUGCUCCUCCUCUUCCGUCCUCGAGUCACGAGUUCUUCGCGGGAUGAACCCCUUUCUUCAACCAUCAACCCGCGUGUCGGCAUCGAAUCGGGCCGUUCCUCCCAACCACCCGCUCGUUAUCCUCAACGGCUCCCUACUAGCGGCUCGCUUCGCUAACGGCUUCUGUUCUGAAACGUUACACGUGUACUGAAAAGCCUUUUACCGGUGUAAAAAAUCCAUAGCGGCUCGCUAACGACUCGCGAUCAUUCUAAACGGCUCUUUUCCGAGACGUCCUGCUCGCACCGCGAGGUUAACGAUGGCCUCGCCGUUUUCGAUGGCGACGCCGUUCGUCGUCAACGGACGGACGGACUGGUGAAUCCGUUGCUCGCCAAACCAGCGGCUGUGCUCGGGGAAGUUCCAUUUGGACAUUAUGGCCUCGCGGCUUUCGAUAGCCACGCGGCUUUCGAUGGCCACGCUGUUCGUCGUCGACGGACCGGUGAAUCCGUCGCUCGCCAGACCAUUUGCGCUCGCAACAGUUCCGUUGAUUCCGUCAGUUACGUCAACGUUAGUGGGACGGAUGUUGCACGGAGCAGAUCGAUUCUCAGGCGAACACGACGAGCGCGUGUGCGCCGUCGGUAGAGGGACCGAGUUUUCGCGAAAUCACGUUGUAAGUCGCCCGACAUCAUGGCAGUCGCUCGAGACGACGGCAGGAAUCCAUGACACGAGGCGUGGAGAAAGAGAGGGAGAGAGGCUAAGGUGACUCUGGAGUCGACUCAAAAGUCUCCAUGAGAUGAGGCGUGGAGAGUGAGAGGGGGAGACAUCAAGGUCUAGGUCUGUACCUUGCUCCCCUUGCCUAGCAUGUACCCAGGGUUCAGCAGUACUAAGGACCGUGAGGGAGAGACAUCAAGGUCCUCGCAGGGUGGACUUUCGAGGGAGGUUCAGUUGAUAGGAAGUAAUUUGUUUCUCCUCCCUCCCAUGUGUCAUCCGAGCUGAAUAAAUCAGAGUAAACUCUACUUGUUUUUCCUGUUGAGGCUUCAGCCUGCCUCCGCCUUGUGUCGAGUUCUCCAUCAGGAGCAAACGCGCAUCUUCGUUGGCCAUAGAUAUCAUCGCAUCGUAUGCGCAUCCUCCUUUUCCUCCUCAUCAUUCAUUUAAAUUUGGUCUCCAUCAGGAGCGGACGCGCAUGGCAUUCGUCGGCCAUAGAUAUUAUCGCCUCCUGCUCCUCCUCCUCAGCCAUUCAUUUAUUUUCGUCGCCAUCAAAGGGACGCGCAUUACAUCCGUUGGCCAUAAGUAGCGUCGCGUGUGUCAAGGAAUUAUCGACCGGCGUCGCAGCAGCAUCAUGCCAUAGUGCAUCGUGGUGUGGAAUAAGUUAUGUGGGAACUUGCUCCGGCGCUAAAUCUCGUCGUAACGCCAAGUGGCAGAAACAGAAGCAGCAACAGCAGCAGCAACAGCAGCAGCAACAGCAGCAGAAACGGCAGCAGCAGCAGCAGCAGCAGAACCACCAGGAAGUAACAUCAGCAGAAUCAGCACCAGUAGCAGAAUCAACAACAAGGCGGGUGAUUGUAUGCGAGGAGCCAGAAUGCAUCGAAUAUGUCAGCAUCUGCUCCUCUUCAUAUCUCUGCUGCUGCUGGAUGUCAGCACGUGGACGGACCAGAUCCUGCCUGGUGGGGAUCAGACGGCUGGGACGCAAUCCAGGGGCGUGCUAAUGUGUGCAGCAGGCAUCAUCGCUAAGAGCGACCUCACUAUGUGUGUGGCCGAGGGAGGGAUUGCUGGUGCGGGGGUUGCUGGUGGGGGUACUGCUGAUGGGGGGGUUGUUGGUGGGGUGAAGGGGUAUGGUCAGGGUGGUGAUGGUGGUGGGGCAAGGGGUUACAGCCAGGGCGAAGGUGACCAGACGAAAGGAGGGGGGAUGCAGCCGAACGGUGCAAUACCCGAAGCACCAGCAGCAGCAGCAACGGAGUUCGCGGAGGGAUCUGCUGCUCUUUUGGGAGGGUUGGGGCUGGAGCAGCAGCAGCAGCCGAGCUAUGUGCCGGAGGGGGCUAAGUCUGUGAAGUGCAAGAAGAAGAUCGUGAUCUCCCUUGCUGUCUCUAACGGCCAUACGCUAGGCACAGAGGCCAUAGAGGCAGUGCUAACUCGCGUCACUGACAGCACAAGUGGAUCUGCAGGAGGACGGGGAGAUAACACCAGGGGAGGGGAUGGGGGAGAUAAUACAGGCAGCAACGGUACAGCACCAGCACCAGCCGCCGCAGCAGCAGGAGGAGGAGGAGGAGGAGGAGGAGGAGGAGGAGGAGGGGGGGGGGGGGGAGUGGAGAGGCGGCUAGCAGACCCUGUGAAGAUCACAGUGGUCAAGACGCCAGUCUAUGCUGUGUACCCACUCACCUUCCUGCAGUCGUUCAAUGGCCGGCCAUACGAGGUGGUUGUGACUACGACGGGGUGCAGGGAUGGGGCGUACGACAGCGAUCCUACCUGCGGCUGGUUCCUCUAUCCUGAUGGCUCAAGGGUGCCUGACAGCCAGGGGUUCUGCUGCAGCUGCAGUGGUGGUGACACGUGGAAGGACUCCAUUGGCCUGGACAACCCGCAGCAAUUCAGGGCCGAUCUGGACUGCAGCCUGUGGCGACAGAAGCUCUUCUUUGGAGGAGUGCCUUCUAGCGCUCAUUGCCUUCGAUUCAACAAUACCUGGUACCCCACGUACCGAAUAGGCCUGGCGUCCCUCGUGUUCCAGAUCCAGAUCACCAUCAGCAAGCUGCUGUUGGACUCCAAGGAGCAGGAGACUCUCAUCCUCUCGCCUAUAGCCCCGGUGGCAGUGAACCCCUCUCUCUCUGUCUCAGCCACCCUAGUCGGCGACUUCCUCACCUACACUCAGCUCCCCAACCUCAGCGACCGUCUGCUCUCCGUGCCUCUCCAGCCAGGCUCCCCCACCUUUGGCCGGUUUACCUCCGACACAUCAGGCUGGCUGCUAGUGGACAAGGAACAGUACUCGCUGGACGGCAGUGAGUGCAACAAGGUCGGCACCAGCUACAGCGCCUUCCGCUUCGAGCCCGACCGCUGCCAGCGAUCCGUGGGCUCCUGCCUCUCCAACCAGCUGCUGGACUUCGCUCAGGAGGAUGCAGAGCGAGUGGCUGAGGGCCUUCAGCCGAUCCAUGCGCUGUCGUCUCUUGGACCCAUCACCACUCUUGAAAGUCCCAAUGGCUCUCUGAGCAUUGCCCUCGUGGUGACUCAGCGACUCAACUCCCUCAUCACGCUUGAGAUAGCUGCUGAUGACGUCACCUUCAUCAAGAACAGGAGCCCCGGUUGCAUAGUGUCGGUGUCAGCACCAUCGUUUGAAGCCAUGUCGAGUGAGGGGCGGGUGGGCAUUAAGGUGGCCAAUAACGGCACUCUCGAUGCCGACUUCACCCUCACGAUUCAAAAUUGCUCCUCUGGAGUGCUCCCAAUACCUGCUCAGGAUCGCAGCAUAGCAGCGGGGGCAACGGCAGCCUUUACCUUUCUGCUGCAACUGCAGGACUCCCUAGCCUCGCAGCGCUCGUGCCUUGUGGUCCUGUACGACGCCAUAUCAUCAGUUGCUGACGUGGCGCCACUCUCCUUCACCACCAAUGUCACGGUGGACAACCGCGGGGCGCAGAGCGGCCAGGCGGACGGCAAGGCCAUGCGCAACACCACGCUCUUCUCGCCCCGCCCCGGCUCCUCCUCCUCCUCUGGUUCCUCCUCGUCUUCCCGAUCCAGUGAUUGCAGUUUCGCCUGCCCUUCAUUCUUCGGUAUGGUGUGCUUUGUGACUCACGGCUGCUGGGCCCGAUUCACAGGAGUUAUCGCCGUCAUCCUUCUCAUCCUCGCCGCUCUCAUCGCCUUGGCUUUCCUCCAUCGCUCCGGUCUGCUCCUCCCAGCCCUCGCCCUCCCCUUCACUCUCUUACAUUCCGCGGUUAAAUCCCUGCCCCCUCCCCCCACCGCCCCCCCCUCUCCUCCCCCGCAUUCUGCUGCUUCCGGUGAGGGGAGGGAUGGGGAUAGAAGGCAAGGGAGUGGGGUGGUUUGGGAUUCUGCUUCUGGUGGUGGUGGCUGUGGGGAGGAUAUGGGUAAGGGGAAGAAGGGGAGGAAGGGGAAGAAAGGGAAAGAGAAGAUCCAGGAGGAUGGGGAGAGAGGAGAGGGAGGGGAUGGAGAGGUGGAGGUGGGGGAAUUGGAGAGUGGAGGGGAGGGAAGUGGGGGUGAAGUGGGGGGGAGGCGGUAUGGCAACAGUGUGUGUAUAUUUGUGGAUGGUGGAAGAAGGGGAUCAACGUUGGGUCAGGGAGCUAUGAUGGGUGAAGGUCGUGGUUCUGGGGUGCAUUCACCCACCACUGGAAACCCGGUUGCACCAGCUACGGCACCGUCAACAUCAGCAGCGGCAGUAGCAGCAACAGCAACAUCAGCCUCGUGACUGUUACUACUACCAUAAUCUCUGUAACUAUUAUUGCAUUCGCCUGAUGAUCACAUCGGAGCAUGUUAUGUAGGGAAGUCCAUGAUACUGCAUUCCUAUUGCAAUCAUAUGGAUAUGGCUGCUUUCAUGUGGUAUGAGGAGAUACAGAAGCCAUGAACGUGAAUUAGGAGACCGUGGUGUUUGGUGUUUGAGGAGGUGAUACUAGAGGAGGUCCAAUUGGGCCCUUAACAAAGUGCCAUGGAUAUU